AUGUCAGUUGAGUUAGUUUUAGCUGCCGUUUCGGCUGCAGACCUAUGUCUCACAUAUGGAAAAAGGUUAAUCGAAGCCUAUCGAGAUAUCCAAGGUGCCACGGAAGCUGUCCAAUCCAGACUGCUCAUCGUAGAGGCCAUCUGGAGCAAGACUGCGAUUCAAGUCGAGUUUGUCAAGAGAAUCGCGGAAGCACUGGAGGAGGACCAUUGUCGCAUUCACGUCGAAGUUCUAGAGGUUCUCAAAAGCAAGUUAAUCUUGGCAAUUUCGAGAAUCCAAUCGGUGGUCAAAUCGGGACCCGAGUCAUCUGUUAAGAGAUGGAAGUAUGCGAGGGUUCGAGAGGCAAUCGACAACUCAAUUACCCAGCUUCAACAGUGGCAAACUAUCUUUGACCCGACGUGGUACUUGAUACUUCGGAUGGGAAACAAGUUGAUCGACGAUGAGUUGUCCAAGCACGGCGACACAGAAAGCGAAACGAUGUUCUUGCAAGCAGCCAAACCUAGCAAUACGCUAGCAUCUGCACAGAGUAUCCGAAGUAUGGUGAAGGGAGACGGGAGCAAAGAGAUGCAUAUCACACUUCCAGAAGAUGGUCUGGAUUGGGCCAACACCUGGGCCAUCAAAUACUCUAGCACGGUUUUGAUUCGCAGGAAAGCUUCCGAGAAACUGUUUGCAGUAGACGCCAUUGCUUGCGACAGUAGCUACGACCUGUCCCGCCUGAGAACAGACACUGAGAGCCUUGCCAAGAAGCUGAAAAGAGAGGACAUAGAGCUCUUUGGUCUUCUGCCUUGCAAAGGCGUUGUCAAGCGUAAAAGCCCCGAGACAAAAAGGCUUGCGUCAAUGAGCUUGGCCUUCCAACUACCUGGCACCGAUUUGCGCAGACCUCCCAUCAGCUUACGAAAUCUUUUGCUACAGGAGCGCAUGCUUAGCUUGACUCGAGUUGUGGAAAUUGCGAAACAGCUGGCCAGAGCGGUUAGCUUCAUCCACACCCUGGACUUUGUUCACAAGAACAUCCGCCCCGAAACCAUUUUAAUAUUUCCCGAUCACGGCUCCGAAAAGUCUUGCGAGAUAUUCUCGGCAUACCUCCUUGGCUUCGACUCUUUCCGCAAUGUGAACUUCCACACGCUGAAGGUUGGCGACGAUGCGUGGGAGAGGAACCUAUACAGGCACCCGACUCGCCAGGGCAUCCAGGCCCAGGAAGCGUACAUCAUGCAACAUGAUGUAUACAGCCUCGGAGUUUGUCUUCUUGAGCUUGGAUUGUGGGACAGUUUUGUGGAAUACAACUCCGGUGCGGGCGAGGCCAGCAGUAAAAAGGUGCCAGGGAUGGGACUAGGGUUGAGCCUGGCCGAUUUCAAGUUCCAGCCAGGCAAUAUUGAGCAAACGCAGCAGAUCAAGAAUCAGCUGGUGAGCCUGGCGAAGGACCGCUUGCCAACUCGAAUGGGGGACAAGUAUGCUUCCGUGGUAAUCACUUGUCUCACUUGUCUGGAUGAAGACAGCGAUGAUUUUGACGGAGAUGACAUGCAGGACGAAGAUGGAAUUUUGGUAGGGCGCACUUCCUUCACGCCCGAUCUGCUCGAGCCCAAGUAG